AAACGGGACAAGCGGUGGGAGGAUUCCGACAGCUCGCCGGGGGACCAUGACCACGACCAUGACCUGGACCGGGAGUCCAGGCUGGAUCGGGCCCGCACCAGAACCAAGGAGCCAGCGGAUGUGGACCGGGAUCGGGAUCCUGAUCGGGACCACGUGUCAGACAGGGAGGGGAGUAGCGGGUCGUUCUACUCGGAAGAUUGCGACAAGCUGACGCCGUCUGAACGUUCCAUCUCGCCGGGUUCUGCGUCUGCGAGUCCGCGGCGGCCAGCACCAGCCAGAAAAGUGUCCAGCAGCCCACUGCACAGAGCGGGUUACCGUAGGGGAGCAUCUCACCCUCCACAUGUUAAAGGUCAGCCUAAGGGCGUCUCUCGCCUUCCACAUCUCAAAGGUCAUCGUAAGGGCGGCUCUCGCCUGCUGCGCCCGGGCAUGCAGCACGCCCCUCACCGCUGGGGUUGCGCCAGCCUCGGUGCCCAGGGGGGUGGUGCCGGGGGCCAGCGCACCUCCAGCCUGACCAAGGAGCCUCCUGCACGCGACCUGGACUUGGUCACCAAGCGGCUGCUGUCGGCGCGGCUGCUCAAGAUCCACGAGCUGAAGAACGCCUUCGCCGAGCUGCAGCUGCAGACCGACCAGCUGCGCACCGAAAACCGACUGCUCCGGCAGCUGCAGCUGCGCCAUGAGAAGGCUCUUAAUCGCUAUAGCGACACGGAGAGUGAGAUCGCCCAGCUGCUGGCGCGGCACAACAACGAGGGCGAGCUCUUGGAAGGCCUGGGCGGGCGGAGCCAGGAGCGCCUGGGCGCGACGGCCGAAGGGGUCAGCUGAGGCGGACGACUCCAAGCGCAGCCUUGAAAGCUCCACAAACUCUGGCCCGGCUCGCCCGAUGACCAGAGGCUCGGAGAGAGGGAGGAGCUGACCCGCAGGCUGGAGGCCAGCCAGCAGAGGGCACAGGAGAGCGAGCGCAAAGUCAAGGAGCUGGAGCGCAACAUGGAGCUGAGCAGCGGGAGCUUCCAGAGGCAGCUGGCGGGGGAGAGGAGGAGAACGCAUGAGGCGCAGGAGGAGCUGCGCUCCCUACAGGAGGAGGUGGACAGACUCACGCUCAAACUCAAGGAGAAGGAGCGAGAGCUGGACACCAGGAACAUCUAUGCCAACCGCAUGCGGCACACACCAGCCUCUAGGAAAGACACCGACAGCGCCGCCAAGAAGAAAGUGCCCAGCAGAAGUAACAGUAAGGCGGUGCAGACAGAUGACCGGGCGCUCUCUCUGGACUUCCCCUCCCCUCCACCCGCCAUCACCGACGGCAACGAGCUCCCUGAGCACAGGACCGAUGACUACCUCUCACUCAAGAUUCACCAGCCUCGGGAGUCGCCAUCUCACAGGGUCACUAAGGAACUACAUAACGGAGAACUGACGCCGAAGGAGGCAAACGCUGCAAGGGAUCGAGAUCAGGAACGGGAACGGGAGCGGGAGCUGGAUAGGGAGAGAGAGAGGGAGCGAGGGAGAGAAAGAGAGAGGCUGAAGAAAGAGAGGGAGGACAAGGAGAGGGAGGAGAAGCAGAGGUUCAACCAGGAGCUGAGCACUCUGGAAGAGAAGGCCAAAAGACUCCGAGAUGAUAAGUUAGCGGCACAUGCGCCAGUGCUCCCCGACAUCCCCUCAGUGGAGGGAGCUGGCCCGGCUGUUCAUGAGCUCAAACACUGGGAAAAGGAGGAUGACACCAGGAAGAAGCAUGGUCUCUCCAUCUCCCAGAAGGAAGAAGAGAACAGGAAGAAGCGUGACCUCAUACAGGAAGAGGUAGUUAAGGCUAAAGACGCCGAGAGCCCCACAGCCACUGUGGCCAAGCAGGAGACUGCGGAGGACGAGAGACUUCGUAAACAGCGCCUCCUGGCCAAGAUGCGCGAGAUUGACCAGCAGAACCAGGGAGGCGAUCCGGAUCGGUUCUUCUCCGAGUCGGCGGGGACCGCCUCCUCCCGAGGCCCCGUCCCUCCCUGGGUCUCUGAGCCACGGAACCAGAACCAGUCCAUCUUCAGUUUCACGGAGCCGGCGGAGAGCGUGAGCCUGUGGGGGGGUUCGGAGCCGGCGGCCGGCGGGGCCAGUGGGGGGGUUGCGGGCAGUGGAGAAGGUGUGACUGGGGCACGCAGGGCGACUCUCAGGGGCGCCCAAAAGUCCAGCGAAGAUGACGGCUUCUCCUUCGGCAGCUACGCGCCAUCCUUCGGUCGACCCACUCAGAGAGCCGGCCUUAGCUCCACCUCCACAUCCACCUCCACGUCCACCUCCAGGAGCCGGCCGGAGGUCAGCCCCAAACCAGUGCUCGACGCUGGGCUCGACGCCGGGCUGGACCUGGGCAUGAAGGACCGCAAGUCCAACCUCCUGCAGCAGCUCUUUGGACUUACACAAACUCUCCUCUUUGGACAGAAGUAA